CAUUUGACAGUUAAGCUGACACGAUUGGGCAGAGAGCAACUCAUUUUGUCGAUUUUUUUCUUUGAAGUGAACAAAUACUGAAAAUUAAAAAUGUUGUCAAGGACUGCUUUACUUUCAGUUCAACGUCCAUUGGGUGUUUUCGCCAUGAGAUCGGCAUCAGCAGCCGGUUCAGGAGACCAAUUUGUUCGCCGAGAAAGACCAGAACAUCCUGGAAAAGUGCGUUUGGGUUUCAUUCCUGAAGAGUGGUUCCAGUUUUUCUACAAUAAGACUGGUGUCACUGGCCCUUACACUUUUGGCGUAGGUCUACUUACUUACCUGUGUUCGAAAGAAAUUUACGUCAUGGAGCACGAAUACUACAGUGGGUUAUCUUUAGCCAUUAUGGCUAUUAUUGCCGUUAAAAAAUUGGGUCCAGCCGUUGCUGCUUGGACGGAUAAAGAAAUCGACAGAAUCGAAGAUGAGUGGAAGUCCGGCCGCGAAGAAGAACUGAAAUCACUGGCCCAAGCGAUCGAAAAUGAAAAGAAAGAGCAAUGGCGUGCUGAAGGUGCUUUGCUUCUUAUGGAUGCCAAGAAAGAAAAUAUCUCUUUGCAGUUGGAAGCCGCAUUCCGCGAGCGCGCUAUGAAUGUUUAUAAUGAGGUCAAGCGUCGUUUGGACUACCAGGUAGAAUGCCGACACAUUGAGCGCCGUAUCGGUCAGAAACACAUGGUGAACUGGAUCGUAAAUAAUGUCCUAAGUUCGAUCAGCCCACAACAAGAAAAAGAAACUCUUGACAAGUGUAUUGCUGAUUUGAGCGCUCUUGCUGUACGCGCCAAAUAGAAAACUUGUUUAUAAUUUUAAAUAUAUUUUGAAAUGGAUAUGAAUAUCAAAUAUUGUAAAGGGAACAGUCAUUGAGAUUGAGAAACCAACUUUGUUCUUGAAAUACAUACAGAAUUGUGCGGAAGUCCGCUCAUAAUAAA